AUGGCGGAACCAAAUAGUUUAUCAUCAUCCUCAUCAAAUAUGGGAUCAAGUUCAAUAGAUGAGAGUAUAAUAGGUGCCAGUUGGGUUCUUGAUGCAGCUAAUCUUGUUUUUUUUUUACAAGCUGGUUUCGGAAUGAUAGAAGCUGGUAUGGUUAGAGCAAAGAAUACAAAAUCGAUUUUGUUGAAAAACCUGAUAAAUACAGCGAUAGGAGCGAUAGGAUUCUAUUGCUUUGGACAUGCUUUUGCGUUUGGACCGGAUUGGUCGAAUGGAUUCAUCGGAGUUGAUGUCGAUACCGAAUUGGCAGGACUCGACAAUAUGAAUCAUGGUGGUGCUGCCUAUAUUUUUGAUAUCUAA